AUGUGGGCGUUGUUGUUUUUCGUGCUUACGGCGUUGGCUAAUCCGAUUCUUUUUGCUCGGGAAGAACUCUCAGAGAAGUCUGGAGAUAAAAAAGAUGAUUUUUACGUCUCCUCCUUGCCGGGCUUGUUCAAGAUCAAAGGGGAGGACAUCCCUGUGAUGUUCGCUGGACAGCUCAAGCUUUACGAUGAAAAUAAUACACACUAUUUCUUCUGGAAAUUCGAGGACCAGCACAAGGCGCCGGUGGCAGAGAAGAAAUUGAUCUUUUGGCUCAAUGGAGGACCCGGUUGUCUGUCCAUGGAUGGAGCCUUGAUGGAGGCUGGUCCCUUGCGAGUUAACAAGAACAAAGAGGUCGUGUACAACGAAGGCCUGUGGCACAAGAAGGCCAAUAUUGUGUUUGUGGACCAGCCAGCGGGAACUGGCCUCAGCUACUCAGACGAGUGGGCCACAGACUUGAACGAUCUCCUGUGGCACUUCCAGCGCUUCUUGACGAAGUACUUUGACCUUUUUCCCGAUGAGAAGGAGUACGAUGUGAUGUUUGCCGGCGAGAGUUACGCCGGCCAGUAUAUUCCAUACAUUGCCAACCGUGUGAUUCAGGGCAUGCCUGAGAUCAAUGUCAAGGGUCUCUUGAUCGGCAAUGGUUUCAUCGAUCCAUACACGCAGGGCCUCUCCUAUUUGCCAUUUGCAACUCAGGCGGGCAUCAUUUCACUGGACCACCCUAACUUCAAGGAUCUUCUUCAUCGCCAGGAGUUAUGUCAGAAGAGGGUUUCCGAGGCAAAGGCUUCGAGAUCCCCAGCAGCCGCAGACUUGGCAACAAGAACCUGCGAUAACGUCAUGAACACGAUGCUCAAGUAUACGAGCUACAUGCACGGCCCCAAGAACGAGCAGUGUUUCAACAUGUACGAUUACACCCUCAAGGAUCUGUUCCCGCUGUGUGGCAUGCAUUGGCCUCCUGACCUUCAAUAUGUUACACCGUUCUUGAGGCAAGACAGCGUAAAGAAGAGCUUGAAUUUGAUGAAUCGUAUCGAUUGGAAGGAAUGCAGAGGAAAUGUUGGCAACCACUUGAAUACGAGAAGUGUGCCGCCUGCCAUCGACCUUUUCCCUGACCUUUUGAAAAAGACACAGGUUGUCCUUUUCCAUGGUAACAGAGAUAUCAUCUGUAACUACAUUGGUGCCGAGUAUCUCAUCAAAGACCUCGACUGGAACGGAAAGAAAGGUUUCUCAGAGCUGUUGCCUACGUACGACUGGUUCCAUGAGGGUGACAACAGCGGCUACAUCCAAAGCGAGGCCAACUUGACCUACGUAAAUGUCUUUGAUGCCUCGCAUAUGGUCCCAUUUGACAAGCCCGAAUUGCUGAGCGCCAUUGUUGAUCUCUUGUACGCUCGUUACGACCUCAAGGAGAAGCAAGACCAGAAGCCCAGACUUGUCACACACAAGUUGUCGAACCAGCCAGAGGAGGACAGCAGACCAACAAAGCCCGAGCCUACGAAGCCUGAAGAGUCCAGCAUCAUUGAGUCUCCAAUUGUUUCUCCUGUUGCGAGCGGAAACAGCACUGUUCCAGCAGACUCCUCAGAAAACCACUACAGUAAUGCACUUGUUCGCCUCAUCCAAUUUGCAGUGAUCGUCGUGCUCAUUUAUGGCGUGUGUGCUCUCUUCCUGGCCUAUCGCUCGAGACCUGCCUCGAUUAUAAAGACGAAGCUGUCAAACCGCAAAAAGAACGUCCAGUGGGCAGAUCAGUUGGAGGAAGAAGAGUUGGGUAUGGGUCCUACUGAUGGAAAGGGCUCAAUCUUUGCAAGGGCCUACCUGAAGUUGACUGGAGGCGACCCUCAGGGACGUUACACGGCAACACUGCCAUAUGAGGACAUAGAGUUGGAGGGCACGCGACGCGAGGAGGACGACUUUAUCAUCGCAAGUGAUGACGAAUUGCCAGACCAAGAGGAACAGCCAAAGUAA